AUGCUGCCACUCCUUUUGCUGCUGUAUUAUGUCUCGACAGUGCUGGCUACUGAUCGAACAGUUCACCUCGGUUACGCGUCCUACAAAGGCGCCUCCUCAUCUAAGGGCGUUUCUCAAUGGCUGGGAAUGCGCUAUGCGGCUCCUCCGACAGAAAACUUGAGAUUUGCUGCACCUCAAGAUCCUCCAAUAGAGUCUGGUGUACAGGCUGCUGACACGCACGGGAAGCUUUGCCUAGGAACAGGCGACAGCCCCCGUAAUUCAGCUACAUCUGAGGAUUGUCUUUUCAUCGAUGUAUACGCUCCCACCAGUGCUACCAGCACGUCAAAUUUGCCGGUCUACUUCUUCAUUCAAGGAGGUGGCUUCAAUUUCAAUUCGAAUGGAAACUACGACGGCAGUGGUUUGGUUGCUGCUUCCGGCAACGGGAUUAUUGUUGUCACAUUCAACUACCGAGUCGGACCCUAUGGGUUCCUCGCGAGUCGAGAAAUUGAGGAUGCGCCGCAGGCUAGCUUCAACAACGGUCUCAAGGACCAGCGCAAAGCCCUCGAAUGGGUGCAGAAAUACAUCGCCCAGUUUGGCGGCGACCCCAGGCAUGUUGUCCUCGGUGGUGACUCCGCGGGUGCGGCAAGCAUCGCCUAUCAUUUAACAGCGUAUGGUGGCCGUGAUGACGGACUCUUUGUCGCAGCUGCCGCCGAGUCGGUCAGCUUCGCGACUAUUUUGAACCUCAGCGAGAGCCAGUAUCAGUACGACAACCUGGUCAAAAUCGCGGGCUGCAAAGACGAUGAAAAUACUCUUUCAUGUCUCCGCUCUAAAACCGCCACAGAGUUGCAGACCUAUAACCGCAACAUCCCCUACCCUGGCGCCAAAAAUCCGCCACUGUACAUGUGGAAUCCGGUUCUUGACGGUGAUAUGAUUCAAAACUACACACGCGCAUCCUUCAACAAUGGAGACUUCAUCCAAGUUCCUGUCAUCUUUGGCGACGAUACCAAUGCGGGAACGAUCUUCACACCAAGGGGCACAUCAACUCUAUCUCAGUCAAAGACAUUCCUCCACAAUCAGUUCCCUUAUCUUACUGCGGAACAGCUUGAACGUAUAAGUCAGCUCUAUCCGAACGAAGGCCCAGAUUUUCCCAACGCAGGUACAUGGUGGAGACAAGUCUCCAAUGCUUAUGGUGACAUGAGAUACAUGUGUCCAACACUAUGGAUAUCUUCCGCGCUGCUGCGCUAUGGUGUAAAAGGCAACUGGAAUUAUCGCUACAACGUCGAAGACCCGGAACAGAUGCAACGGGGUCUUGGGGUGCCUCAUACAGCCGAGCUAUCGGCCAUAUGGGGUCCCGCCAACACAAAUGGUGCAGCUCCAGCGAGUUAUCAAAAAGGAGAGCUUAAUGAUUGGAUUGUACCCGUGAUCCAGAGUUACUGGGUGAGCUUCAUCAAAACAUUGGAUCCGAAUUCUCUCCGGGCCAAGGGCUCUCCGAGAUGGGAUGAGUUCAUGCCUAUCAACGCGCAGAAUGACUCGGGCAGUGCCGACUGGAGCAGGAUGCUCUUUGAUACUGCAAAGACUACUGGUAUGGAAGAUGUCGGUACAGCGGUACGGACGAGGUGCCAGUAUCUGAAUUCCAUUGGACUGGCGAUACGGCAAUGA